AUGCAUCCCAACUCUCGCGGCAGAGGCGGCCAUGUCCGCCGAUACGGGUAUGAGGGUGAGAUUCACCAUGGUGACCAGGGGUCGUCGCGUAGCAUGCCACGAGGCCGGCCAGUCCGCAAUGAUGAAUACAACAACAACAUGUACGAUGAAGGCCAGCCUUCGGGCGAGUAUGGUCGUCGAGAUCGUCAACCAAGCCGCGGGAGAGGAGGAUAUGAAGGCGAUCGUCGAAGCCAACGAGAUUCCGAAGAAAAAAGCUUCUCUACUACCCCCCCAUGGAGAGACGCCAGCCGAAGCAGGUCCCGUAGCCCGGGUCUCGCCCCUGGUGCACCCUCUGAUACCUUGAUUCUCGAGGAACUUCCUGUCAAUGUCCUCUCCGAUGGGCUUCACCAGAGCAUUCUCAACAACUCUCCUGUUGCCGAGUUUGACAAUGUUGACGUGCGAAUUCAAUCCACGAGAGGGGGCCGCCGUGCUUUCGUGCAAUUUGCUUCUGUGGAUGAGGCGAGAGCCCUUGUGAAGAAAUACUUCCCACGCCUGCCUAUGCAGUUACCACAUACUACUGAUAGCGCUCCGGACGGUAGAUUCGAGGCAUACUUCCAUUAUGCUCGGGCUCGGGAGGAUCCGGAGGAUCAACGCACGAAUGCGAACAACUGGACUUGCUCAGUGUCGGAGUGGUUGAAUACGCUUUCCGGCGCUGCUGAUGUUGGCGAGCAGCCCUCGCACAUUCUGGUCGUCUACCCAAUCUUGUCGUCCGUAACUGAGACCAUGCUGGCCGGUGACAUGAAACGUCUUGAGUUGGAAGCGCCCGCUCCCGUGAAGGACACGAGUAAGGGUGCACCUAAACUCAAGUCGACAGCGCCAACAGAAAAUGCGGCUGGGUAUGGUGCCCGACCUGGAUCUCUUCACCGAGUCUUUGUGAUGAGAACGACCGCAUCGAACAAACCAGCCAGGUAUGGUUUUGCCGAGUUCUGGACAGUCGAGGAUGCGGAUGCGGCCAUGGUCAAGUUUCGCAUGCUCAAGUCCUUCUCUGUCGCGACCAGCCCUGCCACGGUAUCCCGCACCCACAUGGGGGUCUUCCUUCAGGAAGAUCGCAGAGCCAAGCCUGGGAUAGACAAGGAAUCGUUCAGUCCUCUUAUGAACCCAGCAAUUCGCGUUCGAUACCGGGAUAUUCGCCUUUACCCCAGCAACUUCACUGUGACACAAGAGCCGCCGGAGGAUAAGUCUGCUGCCCAGACUACAGGCAACGGUGCCACUGAGGCCAAGAAUGCAGUCAUUGGUGCUAAUGAUGCCAAUAACGCGAAGAAGCGCAAACCCGAAGGGAUUCUCGUCACCCCCACAUCGAAGAGGCCUUCAUUCCGUGGGCACAUCGAAAUGUGGCAACGCAGGCAAGAUGAGCUCUACGGAACCAAUGAUGGAUCGCCUGAGAGUUUUACCAGCGCCAGUGAUGCCAACCAGACACCCAUCAAGCCGUCGCCCUUGAAGAAGUCUGUCAAGACGGACCAGUCUCCCCCUAUCAAGUUUAAGUUGUCUCUCUCGGCUUCUUCUCUGGCUGGGCCUCAAUCCGCAGCGGAGCGUGGCAGCCCUGCAAAGCGCGACAAAACAUCAUCUGCAACUGAUGGUAAGGCGGCUCUUGAGAAAGACAAGACAGCUCUUGAGAAAGAUAAGGCAGCCCUUGAGAAAGAUGAGGUUUCCUUCAUCGACCGAGACCGGCUCAUGUGCUACAUAUGUUCGCGUAAGUGGAACAAGAUCGAGCUCGUCGAUUACCACGAAAGGACCGACAAACAUAAAGCGGCCAUGAAUGACCCCGUCUUGGUUGAGAAAGCGCAUGGGAUGAUGGCGAGGGCGCGAAAGACAGGCAACCAGAAAUCUUCGGGGGCAGGCUCAAACGUUUCUACUCCUCAGUAUCGCGACCGUGCCAAAGAGCGACGAGAGGCGUACAGCCAGCCCGGCAUGCCACGCGGGCAGGAUGAAGCUGGCGGCAAAGGCCCUUCAAAGCCUAUGCCGGCCCCGACUAAGGAAGAGAAGGCUCCCAAGCCCGCGCAGUCCAAGGGAGCUGGCAUGCUGGCCAAGAUGGGCUGGACUUCAGGAGCUGGACUGGGUGCCAACGGCGAAGGCCGCACCGAAGCCAUUGCGAUGAACGCCUAUCAAGAGCGCGUAGGUCUUGGCGCCGAGGGGAGCAACCUCGGCGACGCGGCCCAGCUGGCGGAGCAGAAGACAACGAACGACCCUGACUACGCUGCCAAGGCUAAAGACAAGGCGAGAGACCGUUUCUUGAAUAUGGACUGA